AUGGUUGGUUUUGAUGCAAAAAAUAUAACUAAUAUCCGUGGAAUCUAUCAUUGCAGCAUAUGUUUUCUAAUUUUACGAAAUCCAGUACAACUUGUUUGUGGCCAUCGUCAAUGUAAAUCAUGUGUUGAAUCAAAAUUAGACAAGGGAAUAAUAAAAUGUUCAGUCUGCCAAGAAGAGACGCAACAGAGCGAAGUAAUGCUCGAUACAGGUCUUGGAAGUGAUAUGGAAUUUUUGCAUGUUACGUGUUCAUUAUGUAAUUGGGAAGGCUUACUAAAAGACUAUGAGGUACGUCGUAUUGUUAUAGAUGAACGUUGUACAACUGAACACCAUCAAGAUGCGAUAACUGCUUUUUUGAAUGGAGAUCCAUCGCAAUUGGUAACCAAUCAGCCUACAACUAAUUAUGAAAAGAAUAUUAAUAACCUCUUCCAAACCAAUCCAUCAUUAUUCGAAAACAGUAACACUAAAUCGCAAAAGUUAUUUGAAACAAUUAAUACCCGGAAUAACGGACUUUCAAAAUUGUCUAAACAAAACCGAUUUAUACCACAAACAUCCAAAUAUUUUACAUUGUGGCAUUCGUAUAAGGAAAACACUGGACGUAGAUACAUGCGUUUCUUUUCCAUGUUAACAGCACGGUUAAACAAUAUCAUAGUGAGGGCUCCAUUUGACUCUGGAGAAGCAUAUCAUUUGCGCAAUCAAACUUCAGUACAAAGAUACAUUAUUGAUUCUUUUCGACUCGAUCUUAAAUCCGAUAAUUUUCGACGACCACCAUCUGGAAUGAAUAUUGCCACUGGUACUCCAAGGUUUUGCCCCAUGCCGAUACUUCAACGAGAACAAAAUCUCCAUGUUCAAAAUGAUACACUGUUCAUUAGGACAAUGGUGGAUUUUAGUAAUUUGCCCAAACCUUUGUUACCAAAUAGACAUGCACUUUGUCUUAAUCCGGGAUUACCAGUGCGUGUGCAACGAAGUUUGAUUCGAAAAGAACUAGAGCAACGGACUCCACGAAAACUGACUAAACAAGAAAGAGAACAACAGGCUAAGCGGAGCUUAAUCAAACAAGAACUAGAGCGCCGUGCUAAAUACAAAUUACGAUUUAGAUUGUUCAAACAAGAAGAAGAGCGCCGUGCUCAAGAGAAUUCUAUUGAACAAAAAGAAGAAGAACGAGCUCAACCAAUCCUUUUCCGAAGAGAUGAUGGACGGUCAAGUGAGUAG